UUCCGUUCGUGCGUUUUGUCCGUGGUUCGGGUCUGCAGGGAAGGCAAAAGUCGGUCGGAACACGAAGUUGAUUUUAGUGUUUUGCGCAGCAAUUUCGAGGUCGUCAGAUUUUAAACAACGCUUAGGAAAAAUGGCUGAAAGCAAGGGCGCGUUGAUCGCGAAAACAGUGCAAAAACAUGCGGGCAGAGCGAAGGAGAAGUUUCUCCAGAAUCUGGGAAAGGUGGACAAAACAGCGGACGACAUAUUCGACGAGCAUCUGCAAAACUUCAUGAGACAGCAGAAUGCCGCCAACAGGCUGCAAAAGGAGUUCAACAAUUACAUCAGGUGUGUUCGAGCGGUGCAAGCGGCCUCGAAGACCCUGAUGGACUCUUUGAAUGAGAUCUAUGAAAGUCAGUGGACUGGCCAUGAUCUACUGUACGUGCAAGCUCAAAAUCUAGAUAUGUUGUGGCAAGACUUCACUCAUAAACUUGCGGAUCAAGUUCUCGUGCCUCUCAACACAUAUCAAAGCCAAUUUCCAGAGAUGAGGAAAAAAAUCGACAAGCGUGGGCGGAAGCUCGUGGAUUACGACAGUCAGAGGCACAACUUCCAAUCGUUGCAGUGUAAUCCGAGGAAACGGGACGAGCUUAAAGUUUCUCGGGGAAAAGAAUUACUGGAGGAGGCUAAGCGUACAUACGAACAACUUAACUCGGAACUCCAUGACGAACUACCGGCCCUGUACGAUUCGCGUGUUCUAUUCCUCGUCACUAAUUUGCAAACUUUGUUCGCCGCUGAACAAGUGUUCCACACCGAAAGCGCAAAGGUAUAUUCUGAGUUAGAGGCAAUCGUAGAUAAAUUGGCCAAUGAAAGUCAAAGAGGAUCGUAUACACUGAAGAAAAACACGGCACCACAAUCUCCAAAAUCGCCAAAUGCCAACUCAUCAUCUAUAAUAAUGAACACGCAGCCAGCCCAGAAUAAUAUAUCGCCAGCUGUGGAGGAUUCUGCUCCGGCAGCGAGAGACACGUCGCCGACUACUCAAUUAAACGGCAAUGCUAACAGCAAUGCUAACAGCAAUGCUAACAGCAAUGAUAAUUCCCUCAAUAAUCAGGAUGAGUCUCCGCAAAGCACAGUCGCGGCCUCUAAACGAGUGGAAGAGUUGUACGAUAUUCCAGUUGGGGCAACGACUGUCAACUUGCCACCUGGGGUUUUAUAUAGAGUCAAGGCUACUUACAAAUAUAGAUGCGAAGAUGCGGACGAAUUAUCAUUCGACGUCGGUGAUAUUAUUCGCGUAGUGGAGUAUGACGAUCCGGAAGAGCAGGUUGUAACAAUAAUCAUUAUAAUUGUAAUAACAUUGUUGCUUCAGGAACAGGGUUGGUUAAUGGGUAUUAAGGAGGGUACUGAUGAAAAGGGUAUGUUCCCUGCGAAUUUCACAAAGCCGCUGUGAGAGCUUUGCCGGAAUCAGCUAUUACACUCCAAUGCUCACUGAAACGGCGUAUUCUGCUUUAAGAAUAGUUUCAAUAUUAAAAGUGAGAGUCACAACGGUCAUUCGAGGUAUUAUAUAUAGAAAAGAAAUAAGUAAUGAAUACACAAUGAGGGGCUAUGGGAAGGGAAAAGGGGGUGUGAUAAGAUAGUUACGCUGGAGGGUACUGUGGAAAAAAAAAGUAAUCACCCCAAAGUGCCUUAACCCAGCCACUGUCUGUGCCAACAUUCAUUGUCUGUAAUAUGGGAUCUCUCAUAUCCAAUGUACGAAUACACAUCAUUAAUAAUCGAACGAAAUAUUUAAGUAAUUAAAUAAUAUAUUGUAAUACAUCAUGCAAUACUAUAAUAUAAAAAAAUCUAUAUAUUAAAUUAAUAUUAUUUUAUGAAAUUGUACAUAGAAAUAUACAUUUUAAGAAUAUUUUAUGGAAUAACAUCGUGGCCACUGAAAUUAUCAUUAAGAACUAAUGUAACGAUUAAGACGCAAUACCCUAUUUUUUUUUUUUUUUUUUUUUUGACAAGAGAUUAUUCGAAUCUUGGAAAUCCAAUUACAGAUCUGCAUUCAUAUAUUAGGAUUUUAUGAUCUUUACUUAUAGGACAAGGAAAAUUACGAUUAGAAUCCCGAUAAGGAUAUUAAUAUAGACGAUAUGCCAAAUUUUAAACGCAGUUUAUUAUAUAAUUAAACUUCAAUACAUCCGUAUAUCGAACCUAAACAUGUAUAAAUAAUAAAAAAUGUUAACCUAAGAAUUUUCUAUAUAAUUCUAUUAACAGGAGUAUUAUCGUCAACGAUAUAUAUAUACGAAAGUUUGUUCUCAGAAUUUAUUUACGUUUUUUUUUUUUUUCUUUUCUAAAUAAAAAUGUAAACAAGUAUUUUUCUGAUACGCGUACAUAGGAGAUCAAAUGAUGAUCGAUUAGGGUACCUUUACUGCCGUUAUAAUCCUGUUCUUUAGCAGAGUAAAAUUAGUGUCAUCCAACGAAGAAAAUUUUUAGCGUUAAUAAAUACUCGUUAGAUAGAUUUCUUGGAGAAUAUCUUACACCAAAUCUUGUAUAACAAAUAGUGCUACCGUAACGUACGAUUACAAAUGUAGUACAAGUCUACCAAUUUUCAGCUUCCACUAAAUCGUGUGUCCUUUUAUUUUAUUAUAUCGAUCAGCGACAUACAGAAUGUAGGAAAGUUGGAUUGUUUAUUUUAUAUAAAUGAAAAGUUUUAUGGUUGAAAGAUUGAUCCAUUGUCACACUAAUAAUUAACCCCAUGUACGAAUUAAAACUGUAGGGAGAUAAACGUGCUCGUUUGCGAAGCAUUACAGACGCAUGAUGUGAAAACACACUACGUUGAGAUAUUUUACAAUUAUACGAUAUAAUUAUAUGAUAUUCAUAAUGAUAUCGAAUAUCAUACCUAUAUGAUAUUCAUAAUGAUAAUAAACGGACGUACAUUUAUGUUGUAUGAAGUGGACCAACAAAAAGCCAGGUGAAAAAUAAAAAAAAUAUUUAAAUAACAUUAGUAGAAGAAAAAAAAAGUGUCGAUACACUUUGUUAAGCGUAAAGAGAAUUUACAUACAUACGAUAUACGAGUUACGGUGCGAUAUUAAAUUCAGUUUGCAAGGAAUCGAGAAUUCGGUAAUAAUAUUAUUGUAACGCGAUGCAUCAUGCUUCACUUCGAUAUUGCGAGGUUUUUAUAUAAUCCGAACGAAUACACAUUCCAUUGAUAUUCAAAUAAAUAUUUAGUCCGAAAAAAAGAAAAGUUUUCGAUAAUCAAAAGAAGACUAAUUUGUAUCAAUGUUUUUUUCUAUUGAUCGUGUCGAGCCCCCUAAUUAUGUUACAUUAUAAUAAAAGCUACAGAGACGGAAAGUGAAGCAUGAAAGUUGCUUCUUUGUUCGAGAUCUAUACGAUCGUUCUGAUUCAUCCAUUCAGUAUGUUUGGAAGUACAGUUCCAGGAAUUUUUAUGUAACCGAUGUGCGAAUGUGCCAAUAUGAUGCAGUAUUCUAUGUACCGAUAAUGUGAUGUCUUUAACGACACUACUGUGUCACAAAUUAAAUGCAAUUGUUAGUAACUAUCUAGAACAACGGCAACUAUUUUAAUUACAGAGAAAUGAAAAUUUUAGUCUAUCGAAAGCAAAUAUGUAUCUCAAAUGAGCAGUAAUGCGAGUAACGGUAAUUACUGGAAAAAGUAGAUCUAUUAAUGGUAUCGAUACGAUAAAUUGUUCAAUUUCUUGGGGAAAUAAGCAAAUGCAUUUAACUUAUUUAAAGAAGAUAAGCAGUAAACGAAUACAUUGUCGUUUUCAGACUUUUAAAAGAAAACUUACAAAUUCCAAAUUUGAUUAUAAUGUUGUCUGCAAAUAAAUGUAUACGUUACAACGACACAAAUUGUAAUCAAAACGUCGAAUCGUAAAAAUGUCUCGAGUCUUCUAUUUUACUAUAAAAUGUUUUUACUUGUAUGUAUGGUUACUUGUAAGUAUUCUUUUAAAUUUGUUAUUUAGAAUGAAAUUCGUCACUUGUAGAAAUACGAAUUGAUCGCUGCUUGUCUUCUUUAUGUUGUAUUUAUUUAUUGAUAUAACAUACAAGCAACAACCAUCGACGUUAAUUAGAAUUUUCUAAUUCACCCAAGUAAUAAGUAGUGAGGUCUGAAUUUAGUGUAGCAGUGGAGCAAUCAAUUGUUAUAUCAUUUGUCAUUUUUAUGCCUUGUUGUUUUAUUUUACUGAAACGAUCAGUCAUAUCUUCAUAACCUUAAUAUAAACUGUAAUACCUAUAUACAUUUAUCGCUUUAAUUGUCCUUUUAAAUCGACGACGAUUAU